CUAACCUUAUUUCCACGUAAUUUUACGUAGAUUUGGUGCGAAUAGACACAGCGAUUAAGAUAAUCAUAAUUAUGAUGGCUAUUUAGUGAUUGUAAAUUGUAAACAGCUCUAUUUGUAUAUGGUGCAGUUGCUAUUUUUUGCUUUGACAGCAUCAGGGUUAUCUUAGUGCAAACGAACAACUAAAGGUGUGGUGUGCAAUAUGACUCAGUGUUUACAAAAGUUAUUAAAAAUUUGACUCUUGCUUCGAAGAUGGCUUGAUACAUUCAGUUAAGAAUUAUUUGUGAACAAGAGUUGAAAUCUCAUAAAAAUGGCUCCAGUCCCAUUAGAGGGUCACCAAACACCUGUGACCAACAUGCCACAGGAGGGAAAUCGUGGAGGCUCUAUAUCUCUCGGACUUCUUAUAGAUUUCAUCAUCCAGAGAACCUACCACGAGCUCACAGUUCUUGCCGAGUUGCUACCCAGAAAAACCGACAUGGAGCGAAAAAUCGAAAUAUAUAACUUCUCUGCCAGAACGCGCCAGCUGUUUGUGCGACUGUUGGCUCUGGUAAAGUGGGCGAGCAGUGCCACAAAAGUUGAAAAGUCAGCUCACAUAAUGGCCUUCCUUGACAAGCAGUCCUUGCUGUUCGUCGACACUGCUGACAUCCUGGCGAGAAUGGCUCGCGAGACCUUGGUUCACGCUAGACUACCGAAUUUCCAUUUGCCUGCUGCCGUUGAAGUACUGACCACUGGAAGCUACAAUCGUCUACCGGCGUGCAUCAGGGAAAAAAUCGUUCCACCAGACCCUAUAACCGUGUCGGAGAAGAAAAGCACGUUACAAAGAUUGAACCAAGUCAUCCAGCAUAGAUUAGUCACCGGGAAUCUGCUACCCCAGAUGAAAAACUUGGAAAUCGAAGCAGGAAGAGUGACAUUCCGCGUGGAGCAGGAGUUUUCAGUCUCUUUGACCGUGAUGGGGGACGGGCCAAAUGUUCCCUGGAGGCUGCUGGACCUGGAAAUUCUAGUCUCUGACAGGGAGACGGGCGACGGCAAGUCGCUAGUGCACCCCAUGCAAACACAAUACAUACACCAGCUCGUUCAGGAGCGGCUCGUCGACACCUUGGACCCUCUCUCCGAAGUCUACCACACCCUGCACUACUUCUGCCAGUCUCUGCAGCUCGAGGUCUUGUACUCGCAGACCCUACGCCUGAUUAGGGACCGUCUGGAUGACCACAUCCGCAUCGAUAGAUACACGCCUGGAGAGUGCCUGACCAUAUCCUACUGGAAGGAGCUGACGAACAAAGACUCAGGCUCGGAACUUGGCUACAAACUCAGCGUGCUGGUGGACCAGCACGACCCAGCCAAACCAUUGGCCAUCGUUCACACGCCAUCGCUGGCCAACAAGGAGCUCGAGAUCUCCGACGUAGCGAUCCGCUCGAGCCAACUCUCGAUGGAGUUUCUACUUGUGCACACGAUCUACAUAAGGACACGGAACCGGUUAAGCGACCUCAAGCAGGAGCUCCAGGCCAUGUUCAAGGGCAUCGAGUGCACCCUGGCUGGCUCGCCGGCCAUCCUCUCCGUACCAGUGCUCCAACCUUGUCUUCGGGCCGAGCUGUUGCUUAUCGCCGUCGACACGCACAGUGGCAUGCUGCUUUGCCACAUACCCCAAUACGAAGCGCCGCUCGUGCCCGAGCUCACGGCCGCCCUUAACGAAGACCACUCUCGGCUACCGGCUCUCAUAUCCGAGCUGCGCUUCUGGAUAACGCAGAAACGCUGCGAGAAGACCCUUCAGCACCUGCCGGCUACGCCGCACGAGCGACUGCCACUCAUCUAUCCACCGGAUCACCCGAUCGCAGGAGUUGGCAAGCACCGGAUAUACGUGCAGUUCCACCGGCAUCCAGGUGUCAUUCUCGUCGUGGCCUUCCGCGAGAGCGAGACCGCGCCCUGCGAGAUCCAGUGCUCCUUCUACCUGUGCGCGGUGCGGCCCGAUUCCGACCUCGCAGGUUCGAAUACGUCAGCUCACGACGACGGCACCGACUCCAAGAGCCAUAACAUGCACCAGCACCUUGGUCAUCAUCACCAGUCUCCCCAUCACCAACUGAUGCAUCAACAACAACAACCUCAACAACAACAGCAGCAUCAACAGCAGCCUCAGCACCACCAGCCGCAGCAACAACAGCACCACUACAACGCUUAUCUGCGCCUCGAGAGCCUCAUCGAGUUCGACACUUUCGUCGUGACCCAUGGCUCCUUUACGAGCAUCGACUGCGCGGAGACCGAGCUCACAGCCGGAUCAGAGGCGAGCGUUGGCACUGGCAGUGUUUCAGAAGUCGGUGGUAACGGCGAGCGAGCCACCAGCAAGAAGCGGCGCAGUGCUGGACUUACGACGCGACCGAACGAAGCUGUAGGCGGCUCCGGCAGCGGUGGUAAGCGACCCAAGUCCCCGGCUUACUUCAUCCCCGAGCUGGCGCACGUAGUUGCGCUGUGCGACGAGCAGGUGCCCUUCGUCAUGCUCGCCCAGGAGCUGAGCAAACGCGAGAUCGCCCAUCAAGGUGUGCAAAUCGAAGCUAACGCAGCGGCCCUCGUCCUCAAGCUCGUGCAGCUGCCCGCGCCCACGGCAAGCCUAGCCUCGCCGGCAGCUUGGGCAGCCCUGCUGAAACGUCUGCUCAGCGUGGCGUUGCGCGUCCAGGGUCGAGGCUCGGGAAAGAGCUGGCUCGUCGAGUUCCUCUUUUACGGUAGUCCCCUGUUGAGCAGCCACCCGAAGGAGCAGGGCUUACGCCGGCCCGUCUACUUCCCGUACGAUAUGGGCCCCUCGGACUCUACGUCCCAGCUGGUCAGCUCGCUGCUCAGCGAUUGGGCCCAGAUCGUCAACCUCUUCGCCCUCGUGCACGACCUGGCCGAGCAACAGGCAGCUGGACUACGCAACCUCUACAGCGUCAAGUCGUACAAUUACAGCAGGCUCGUAUUGGCGUAUGGGCCCCACCGGCGAGCCACGGCCACCGUGCUCUGGGAUCCCUCGGCCCAGGCCUUCCGGCUCUUCUUCGGCAAGAGCCCGGCGAGCACGACCGAUAACGCGCACGCCCUCCUUAAGGAACAACUCGAGGCGGCUCUCAACCGCGAGCGUAGCCUCGCCCAGUUGAUUCACGUCCUCGCCGAGACCCUCCAGCCCUUGACCUCUGUCUGCAAGCUUCCUAUUCUACUGCAGCUCGGCCUCUGCGAGAAGAAGGCCCAGAUUCCCGCCCAGACAUUCAUCGUGAUGCCCCAAUGCGUCACUCUCAUGCGCAUCGCCUACCAGAACAUCUAUUGUCUGGAGUUGUGCUUCCGGGGCGCUGGUCUCGUCAGCUUGCGCGAUGGUGCCUAUAGCCGCUUCGACCAUAGCAACGUCGUCGAGGGCUUCACGCCCAUCCAGGGCCUCAGCACUUUUCUCUCGCAGUACGUGGACAAGAGUGCCAUUUACAGACGCCGCUCGCAAUCCGAGGACGAUAAUCCGCCCUCACCCGUCACGGUGGGUGACUCUGGCGGUGCUGGUGGCUCUGGCGCCGAUGGAUCCAACGGGGCAUCAGGGCCCGGCUCGGCUGCCAGCAUGGGCUUCAUGGGACCACGGGGACCUCAGUCACCGGCUGCCCAGCAGCGUUUCCAUCCACCGCCGUUGACUCCACCCUCGGGUAGUAACCCCAACACGCCGGCAAGCCCCCACAUGGCUGGCCAACAGCAAUCCGGUCCAGGAUCAAGCCAACACCCGUAUGGAAACAGUCCCGGGAUGUCGCUGAACUUGGCCUCGCCGCCUUCACUGACGCCCAACACGCCCAACGUAUUGCCCCACCCAUCGCCCGGCUCGGGCUUGGUGGCGAGUCCGCUGAUGCACGCCCCGAGUCCUGCAGGCCUGAUGCCCACCUCCUCGCCCGGACCUUGCGCUAGCCAGGUUGGCCACUCGCCAGCUGGUAGUUACAUGCAGACCGGCCCCCACGGCCUUGACGGCAGCCCUUUCCCGUCGUCCCAGAGCAUGGCCUCACCGGCAGCCUCCAACUGGGCGGGCUCGCCGAGCAUCUCGCGGCCUUCACCCGUCAGGCCCGGUCAGAGCCCUGGCCACGUGCCCCUUCACAGCCCUCAGCAACCCAUGGGCCAGCAGCAGUCCGGAGGUUGUGUGCCGAGCGUGUCCCGCGUUUUGCCGCAGCGCUCGUGGGCCGGGGCCAUUCCUACCCUGCUGACCUGCGAGACUUUGGACCUGCUGUGCUCGGCGUCCAAGCACCCGAGUGGGCUACCGGGGCCCGACCUGUCGCCGCUCGAGCGCUUCCUUGGCUGCGUGUAUAUGCGCCGACAGCUGCAGCGCUUCAUCCAAUCGCACGAGAACCUCGUGACCCUCGGCAGCAUCGAGCCCGGUGUCAUCCACUUUAAAGCCGACACGCUUCAGUGCCGCGUCUCCCUGAAUCUCCAACACAUGCAGUCACUGCACAUGAAGCUCCAGCCGCUUCCCGAGCACAACAAGCAGUGGAACCUCGAAGAACUCCAGCUACUCGAGCGCUUCUUCGAGCAGCGUGUCGUCGCUCCACCCUACAAGCCCAACAGCCUGUUGGCCUUCGUGAACCUACUCAACCUGCCGCUCAACGUCCUGAAGGACUUUGUCCAGAUAAUGCGGCUCGAGCUCGUACCAGGUCUGCUCCAGCAGCAGCAGCAGUGCAAGUGGUCGGUCCAGUACUGCCUGAGGGCUCCGCCCACGGCCAUGCCCGUCGUCCAGAUCGGCUUACCCGGCAUCAUGCAGCACAAGCUCAAGAUCCUCUUUUUCUUGACCCUGACGCGUCUCGGGAUACCUUGUCGGGAUGACGAGGAGCCGCCCUCGCUCGUUCUGCCUUUCAUCUACGACGCUCGCACCAACAUGACCAGCCUGGCCAACGAGCGCGACACGGCCCCGGGCUCGGCCCUCGCCACCGUCAUCCACCAGCUCAAGCGCUUCGCCGAGUACCACGCGGCCAACGGCCAGCAGGAGUGCUCCGUCUUCCCUGCGGUGCGCAACCUUCUGCUGAACCUGACUUUACCCUCGGAGGCUGUGGCUCUUGGGGUGCCUUCACCGAUGCAGGGUCCCCAGCAAGUCGUGCCACCCGGACAGCCACAGAUGACGGGGCCGCCAGGCAUGCAGCAGAUGAUGCCCGGGGCACAAGGGCCGCCCCAAGGACCGCCUUACAGGACCCAGCCGAUGCCACCAAUGAACAUGAUGGGUGGACCUCAGUGAUAUUAAAGCUCGGGUUGACCUUUCGGAGCUUGGGAACAGUUUGUCUCACGAGGGUCU